CCGUAUUUCCACAGACGUCACGAUUAGUUUGUAAAAUUGCGGACUACAAUGGCCGCAACUCUGGAGCCAGGAAGCUCGGGUAGUAACAGUCAAGCGUACGAUCUAGUCGGCGGCCCCUUCGCGGUAAUCGAGUCUGACCCAGGCGUAUUCUCUACCUUGAUACGCCAACUCGGCGUGCGCGGAUUGGAGCUGGUCGAAAUCUACGACAUAGAGCCAUGGGCCGUCGAUCACCUCAAGCCCUACGGUCUCAUUUUCUGCUUCCUAUGGGGUAAGGACAGUGGAGAUACCAGCAAGCAGCAGUGGGAUCUGGAGGACGACCCUGCGGCGAAGCGGGUCUGGUUCGCGAACCAACUCAGCGACGAUGCUUGUGCUUCCCAAGCUAUCCUGAACGUUCUGUUCAACCGUCCGGACGUGGAGCUUGGAGAGCAACUCAGGUCAUUUCGAGACGAGACUGUUGAGAUGUCCUCCGUGAUGAAGGGGCUAGCGAUAUCCAAUCACCACUUUAUCCGCGAAUCACAAAACUCCUUAGCCCGCCCCGCUGACCUCCGUGGCGCCCUAAACGCAGUGGCGACCACGACCAUCGAGGCCUCGAAAGCCAAGCCGCCUUACAAAGGCCCCCCACCAGCAAAGCGGCGGAAAACCAACGCGAAAUCUAAGGCUAAGACCGAAACCAAGACCGCCGCCGCCGACGAGGAGACCUACCACUUCAUCGGGUACGUGCCCGCGUACGGGAAGGUGUGGGAGCUUGAUGGCCUGAAAGCCGGCCCGCUCGAGGUUGGCGAGGUGGAGGGCGAUAGCCAGGGGUGGAUGGACGUGGUGCGGCCGGCGCUGAGACUGAAGAUGUCGAAGUACGCGGGGGAGGAUAAUAUCCGGUUCAAUCUACUCGCGAUCGUCGACAGCGUGUAUGAAGCUGUGAGCGACGACUUGGAGCUGCUAAAGCGGGAGAGGAGGACGUUGGAGAGGCGGUUACAGGAGGCGCAUGGGGAGGGGUGGGCGGAGAAGGUGGAUCAGAGUUUGCUGAAUUCUUGUCCGCUCGAGCCUGAUAAGGAGAGCUUCGCGUCUGAUUUCGGCGCGAGGAAACAAGAGAAGCAGGUAGCGGUGCUGGAGCUACCAGAGCGGAGUCUUUUGGGUGCCUGGGAGACGUGCAUGCGGGAGAUGAUAAGGGCGAAAGUGGCUGUUGAGGAGGAGUUUGCGAAGGCGAAACGAGAGAAUACCGAACAUGUCAAACGAACACAUGACUACGAGCCUUUCGUCAAGGAGUUCAUUACUUGCUUGCAUGAAGGGGGUUUGUUGAAUCCGUUGCUGGGGUUGGGCGAGGACGGUAAAAAGCUGCCCGCGCCCAAAUCUAGCAAGGCGAAACGGAAGACCUGA